GGACGGAUGAAAGGCUUGUUGCAAAUGCUUCACGCCUAAUGCGCCAUAGAGCUACUUAAUGCGACUUCUUGACUCUUUCUUCCGUUAACUAAACUGGGAUUAGAAUUGCCAUAAGGAUGAAAUCACCGGGGUUUUUUCCCCCUAUCAUUUGCAGGGGCCAAUUAAAAAAAGAGGUUCAAGCAGGGCUAUUAAACCGAGCAAUCCCUGAGAGUAUCAAUCUUUACACUCUACAAUCUCAGGCAUGCGCCCUCGGUAACUGACAUGCGCGUGUUGCGUAAAUCGCAAAGCGCACAAUUUGAACCGAUUCUUUGGGGCUGGGUGUGUUUGUCUUCUGGCCUGUAUUUAGCGGGAAGGGAAGAAUUAUGCGACCCAGUGUACUCUGGAGCCAUUCCGGUAAUAAGCCCGCCGGCCACAUGGCGCAGGAGCAACACCCGCAGUCCGGAACCCCUUGGAAAGAAACGCGUCUGGCUUUGAGACGAUUGGCCGAGUGCUUCAAGUGCUCCCUUUGUACUAACAUUCUGAAGAAACCUGUGAACCUAGGGAGUUGUGAACAUAUCUUCUGUCUAACUUGUGUAGGCAACUGUAUUGGCACAGCUUGCCCAAUAUGUCAGGUACCAAUCAUGAAACAGGAUGUGAAAAUAAACAGGAAACUGGACAACAUCAUCAAACUCUAUAGCAAAUUGCAAACUCUGCAGGACAAGGAUUUCUCAGAUCGUAAAGAUAACUUGUCUGCUUUGGGAAAGAAAGUUGGAGAGGCAGAAGCUAAAAGGAAACAAAUCAAAAUGAGUUUCAGUCCUCAUAGCAGGAGGAUGAAAUUCACCCUGAAGACAAGCCCAAAGAAAUUAGAGCAGCUGAAGCAAUCAGUCAAGGACAGCGGGUCUUGUAACUUAACCUCCAUUUAUGACUUUGUUUCUUCACCUCCUCAUGAGAAGCCUUUCAGAGAGGAACAGACACCUCAUCAGGAAUAUAAGAAGGAGCUAAGAAAAAAGACUUUAAAAGACUUCAGCAAACAGGGGAACACCUUCAGGAACCAGCAGGAAAACUCCAGUGAAAGGUAUAAUGUAGCAAAGCAAAGCAAAAACCCAAUCCCCAGUUCUGGCUCAAAAAAUACCUCAGGGUUGAGGCUGAUAACCGGGACAGAGCUUGCAGAGAAUGCAGGUGAAUGCAGAGAACCCAGGAAUGGUAGACCUGUGAAACCUAAAGAGAAGUGUAGCAAUUGCAACUUUUCUCUUAUGCCUAACGUUUUUGGGGGAGAUCUGACUUCUGAAGAGUGGUUUUCCUUGGCAAAGGAAACAACUCAGUUAAAGUGUGACAGGCAGUUUGCUGGCUCUCCCAUUUCUUUGCCUAAGUGUCACAAAACAAAAGAGGGGACUACCCACCAGAAGUCACGAUUGCUCAAAAAGGCCUCAGAGCAGUUGCCUGGGAAUUCUGUGGCAGCCUUUCCCCUUAGGGACUGUGCAGUUUCUUCCCCAUCUCUGACAUUGCCUGGAAUCACAUCACCCCUAAGGAACUUGGAAGACUUUGCAUAUGCCAGUGAUCCAGAACUUCCAAAAGGGUCCAGAAAUUGUGCUAAAAAGGAGGCAUUCCUCAAGAAAUUUUCCAAAAACUUAUCAGCCAAGAGAAACCAUAAAGGGGAGUCUUUACUUCAUACUACUUCUAUUGAGGGUAAUCUUUCUGCUGUUGAAUGCUUGUUGAAAAAAGGAGCUGAUCCCAACAUUAAAGACUAUGCUGGUUGGACACCACUGCAUGAAGCCUGUAAUCAUGGACAUAAGCAGAUAGUUGAAUUACUGAUUAGACAUGGGGCACUGCUGAAUGUGACUGGGUAUCAGAAUGAUAUGCCACUUCACGAUGCUGCCAAGAAUGGACAUAUAGAAAUUGUGGAACUGCUACUUUUGCAUGGAGCUUCUCGAGAUGUGGUUAAUAUAUUUGGUCACAAACCUGUGGAUUAUGCUGAAACAGAAGAGAUGAAAUCGCUUCUAAUGCAACCAGGAAAGAAUGAUUCUUCUUCAAUUAUUCAGUAUGCAGAAUGCAUAAAUCUAGAUUACUGUAAAAAGGGGCCUGUUGUUCUCCUCGGAAGUGGUCUUGACCCAGAUCAACAGCUGCUGUUAAGCAAAUUGGCCACAAUUUUGAAGGUUAGAGUAUGUACAGAGUUUAACAGUUCUGUGACGCAUGUUAUUAUUCCUGCAUAUCCUGUGCGAACUACUAUGAAGUGCUUGCUGGCACUUUUAUCUGGAUGUUGGAUCUUGACAUUUAUGUAAUUCUUAUGAACCCACUCUGCUGUUGAUUUGUUAAGUCCUGACUCUUCACCCAGGAGAGGUAAAGCCUACUUGCAAAAACAAAUUACAGGAAUACACAUCAAGAGUAGAAAAUUGGCUCAUGUUGUUUGGUAUUUUUGCCAUAUAUAUCACAUGUAGCAUUCCUUUCAUUAUAGCAUCUUCUGCCAACUGCAUUCUGUACUUCUUUGUACAGUAAUAUGUUCUUUUUAGAUUUAUGAAAAAUAUCCCCAAUGACUGAAAGGCAAAUUAAUAUUUGUAUUUAAAUUUGUAUUUAACAGAAAGUACAAAAAAUGGAAAGAGGGACACUUAACUAAGUCGGAAUAUCAGCAGAUAGGCCAAAUCUGCCCAAGAUGAAGUCAGGAAAGCAAAAGCUCAGAAUGAAUAAAGAUUUGCAAGAAAAAUUAAAGAUAAUUUUAAAAAGUUUCUUUCAACAGAUAAAUAACAAUUUAAAAAAGUCAAGGAAACAGUUGGUCCACUAAAGAGAGAAGAUGGCAAGGAAGUAACAGGCAGUAGAAAGAAAGCAGAGCUGCUUACCGUAUUUUUCAGAGUAUAAGACACAUCUUUUUACCCUCCAAAAGGGGUGAAAAUUUAGGUGCGUCUUAUACACCGAAUGUAGCCCUGCCCACCCACUGGCCCCCACCCUUUGGCCUGUGCCUCGCAGCAGUUACCUUCUUGCAAGCAAACAGCAAGAAAAAACAGCCCCUUUCAGCUUCAGCAUAGGUUAAUUAGCACAAGUUGAUUAGUUCGGCCUCCCGACUCUCAGCCGAUUUGCUCUCAGCUGUUUUGGGGAGGGCUCUCCUGCUUGCUGCAAAAAGUGCUGGAGCAGAUUUUUUUCCCCUAGCUAUGCUGAAAAAAAAAAACUGAAAGUAAAGCAGGUUCUUUGCUGCAACGUGACAAAAUGAGGCAGAGAGAGAUUUCUUUUUCUUUUUUCUCACCAAAAAACAUAGGUGCAAACAAUGGGAAAUUUAGAGCAAAAGAGGAGAGUUCAAGAUUUUAAAACACAAAAGAAAAAAAGCUCUAUUUAACUAGGGAAUUGUAAUAAUUGAGAUACUAUUAAUUGUAUAUUGUGUUGAAAGCAGAAAUGGUUAAGUUGUGGUUUGGAGGAAUAUAUGGGGGAAAUUAUUUGGUUUAUUAUUAUUGGUAAAUAUAAUUAAUUGAUUUGUAAGAAAUUGGAUUGCAUGGAAAUAAUUGGAAUAUUCAUGUUCAUAUUGAUUAAUAUACAAAAAACAGUUAUAACUAAUUGAUUUAUAUUAAAAUGUUGAAUUUGUAUUAAACAAUUGUAAUAUUAAAUAAUUAAUCAAUGUGAGGAUGGAUAUAAAAAUAGAUGACAAUGGGAAGGGGUAUAAUAUAGAAUAGAAGGGAAAAAUUGAAUUUGAUUAAGAUUAGAGAUGAGGAUGAAGGGUAAUAUUGGUUUUUUUAAAAAAAAAUAGAUGAGGAAUAAAUAUGGCAAAAAGGAAAUAUAGAAAUUGUAAAUUUAAUUGAAAUGACUAAACAUUGUUUAAAUUUGUGAACCAGCCAAACACUCUGUUCAAAGAAAAUAUAUUGUAUGUUUGUAUGUGUGUUGUCUAAAAAAUAAAAAAACCCUUUUUUAAAAAAAAAACCCCAAAAAAGAUAGGUGCAUCUUAUACUCCGGUGCGUCUUAUACUCCGAAAAAUACGGUAACUCAUUCUUUGCAUCAGUCUUCACACAAAAGAAAGUAUAAGAAAGUUAAGUAUAUAUCACUUAACAUUAAUGGAUUAAACUUUCCCAUGAAAAGGAGAAGACUUUACAAAACUGCAAAAAAAUGGACUUAGACAUAAUUUGCCUACUAGAAGUUCAUAUCAAAAGACAAUACAAUAAUUUCUUAGAGUACCCCAAAAUUGGGAAAUUAUAUUCCUCGUUGGCACAACAAAAGAAAAGGGGGGUGGUCUUAUACAUCAAAGAAUCAAUAAGAGCCAAAUUUAUAUAUGCAGAUGAAGAAGGGAGAAUAUUAAUGGUGGAAGUAGCAAUAAACCACAAACAGGUACUCUUGACAGUAAUAUAUGCACCAAACAACAAGCAAGAAGACUUAUGGGAAGCUUCAGGAGAAAAUUGCAGAAUUGGACUAUGAAAAUAUUUGUCUAAUAGGAGAUUUUAAUGCAAUCACAGAUGUAAAGCUAGAUUACAGAAGUAGUAAAAUAAAUAAAAAGGCAAGGAAAAUCUUACCAAAGUCUUUCUUUAAACUGGUGGAGGAAAUGAACCUUCAAGAUAUUUGGAGAGAAAGAAAUCCGGAGAGAAACCAAUACACAUAUUACUCAAAUAGGCAUCAAUCCUGGUCAAGGAUAGACAUGGCAUGGAUGACACCAGAACUAAGUACUAAUAUACAGGAAAUAGAAAUAGAACCAAACAUAUGGGCAGACCCCUAUUUAGUCAGGAUCAAAUGGAAAGGAUAUAAGAAAAAGGUGAGAUGGAUGUUGAAUCAAUACAUAUUAAAAGACAAGAAAUUCAUAUAAACAAUAGAAAAAGAAAUGACAUUUUUCUUCAAAGAAAAUAGAAAGGAAGAGACAGAUACAAAGUUUGACAGACGAGAAAGAUACAUUAUAACACCAAAAUGACAGCAAAAAAAUAAUUCAGAACUACUAUGAAAAUCUGUACAACCAAGAGGAAUUAUCGGAGGAUAAAAUAAAUCAAUAUCUAGAAGAGGCUGGGUUGCCCAAAGUCCUGGAAGAAAUAAGAUCUACAUUAAAUGGAAGGAUAACAAUGCUUGAAUUAAUAGAGGCAAUUAAGAGACAGAAAAAUAAUAAAACUCCAGGAGCAGAUGGCCUACUGGUAGAAUUCUAUAAACAAUUACAAGACUCCUUGGGACUAGUACUUCUGGAAGUUUACAAUGAAGUCUUGCUAAAAGCUAAAAUACCAAAAUCCUGGAUGGAAGCAAAUAUCACCCUCAUACCAAAAGAAGACAUAAAUAUAUCCCAGAUCAAAAACUAUAAACCCAUCUCACUCUUAAAUAUGGACUAUAAUAUUUGUACAUCAAUAAUAGUUGAAAGAUUGAAGAGAUUCCUGAAUGAAUUUAUACAUUCAGAUCAGAAUGGUUUCCUGCCAAAUAGACAAAUUAAAAACAUGAGAAUAAUUUUUAACACAUUAGAAUACUAUGAAACACAUCCAGAAAAAUAAAUGGCACUGAUGUUUUUAGAUGCACAGAAAGCAUUUGACAAUGUAAACUGGCGAUUCAAGAUACUGCAGUUAAAAUAUAUGGAAUUUGGGGAAGAUUUUAUCAAUAUGAUCAAGGCAAUAUACACCAAACAAACCGCAAAAGUGGAUGAUAGACUUACAAUUGCUGAUAAAAAU